AUGAAGGAUUUUAAGCAACUUUAUGAGAAUAAAGACGAUUAUGACGUGAUAAUUUAUGCUGGAGAGGAGUCUAAAGAACUUCACGCUCAUUCCUUGGUACUACGUACUCGCUCACCUUAUUUUCGUGGAGUGCUUUCAUAUGAGUUGACGAAGAAACAGAAUGGUUACUUUAUUUUUAAAAAACAAGAUAUUUCCGCUUCGACAUUUGAUGUGAUUCUUAAGUUUAUUUAUUAUGGAGUUGUUGACCUCCGUGAACUAGGUAGUACGGAGGUUCUUAAGGUUUUAGUCGCUGCAGAUGAGCUAGGACUUCAAAAAUCUAUUAAUUAUAUCCAGAAAUUUCUAAUUGAAAAUCGGGAUGAUUUUUUACGCGAGGAUCCUGUAGGAAUGUUAAAUAUUGUUUCUGGACAUGAAACAUUUGACGAUCUUAAAAAGUUUUGCGUAGAGGCUAUACUUGUCGAUCCGGAUGUCUUGUUUAAUUCAAAUAGUCCUGAGCUUAAAAGCAAUGUUAGAGAGUUUAAAGAUCAAGACUUUAAAAUAUUAGCGAAGAGAUUGCGUAACUGUAUCCCUCUAAUUCGAUUUCAUGAAAUUUCCAUGGAAGAUUUUUAUCUUAGAGUCCUUCCGUUUAAGAAGAUUCUUUCUAAAGAACUUAGGGAUGAUAUUAUUCGUUGUUAUAUGGUUACUAAGGCCAUACCGCACUGCAAUGUAUACCCUCCAAGAAUCCCUACCUUACCUUCUAUGUUAAUUAAUUGGAAACAUCUCAUUUUAUUUGCAAGCUGGAUAGAUAAGAAGGCUGAAUAUUAUACUAGCUUUAGUCAAGUCUCUUACGAAUUAGAACUUCUCUAUCGAAGCAGCCGAGAUGGAAAUUAUGAUAAUUCUUUUUACCAAAAAUGCGCCGACCAAGGGGCUACUAUAGUAGUGUGCAAAAUUGAUGAUCCCAAGAGACUGGUGGGCGGAUACAAUCCAUUAGGUUGGAGUAGUAGUAAUAGCAGCAGAGAAACCAAAGAAAGUUUUAUAUUUUUAUUUAACGACCAUACCAAUAUUAAAGAAGGUUUUUAUUUAGGUUUGAAUGAAACUAAUCAAACUUGUUAUUUUAAUAGUAGUUUUGCAUUUGGAUCUGAUUUGGCUUGCAGCUUUACUUAUUGGUCUGCUAAGCCACGUCAAUACAAGAAUAUUGGUAUUCCGAAUACUUUCAUUGCGUCUAACUGUGAAGUUUUUAAGGUAGUAAAAAAAAAUUAA